AUUGACCUCUGUAGCACUUCACGUGUCGUGUCGCGCUCCAGGCACGUUUACACUUAAUUGGCUAAUGUUCCUGUAUCUGUUAUAAUGACACUGCAGAAUGACGGACUUUAUGGUGUUUUGGUUUGCGUUUUACUUACUCUUCAGCCUCAAGGCUGCCUCUGUGUGCUGGAGCUAAGUGCGGCUGGACCUACACAGAACAGUGCUUUAGUGGGGGACACUGUGACUCUGGCUGUGUCCUACAGUGGAGCCUCUAACCCAGCUGUCAUCUGGAAGAAAGACCUUCACCCUGUGGUCACCUGGAUUAUAAACUCCAUUACUCCUCCAGACAUAGACCCCAGCAUGUCCAACGUGCUAGAUGUCAACAGCAAUGGUUCCCUUGUGUUUGUGAACGUGACUCUGGACUACACAGACCGCUACAAUGUGGAGAUGACCAAGGCUGGACAGACCACGGUCACACUAAGCUUCAAUCUCACUGUCUAUGAGAAGUUUGAGAAUGUGACUCUGAGCUUGGAGCCAGAUUUGGUGGUGGAAGGAAAUGAACGCUUCACCCUGCGGUACACCAUGACCAGGGGCGUUGUCAAUGAGACCGUGUGGAUGUUUAAAGGCGUGGAGAUCCAGUCUAACUCCCAUUAUUCUGUGGAGCAAGAAAGCCUGGUGAUCCACGCUCCCAAAAGAACAGACACGGGGCUCUACACACUCACACUGGUCAACCCCUACAGCAGUGUGACAUUGCACAGAAACGUCACUAUUUUGUAUGGACCAGAUGAGCCUGUAGUUACGGUGACCCCAGCCCAGCAGUUUUAUGUGUCCGGUACUUCACUUCAUCUCUCCUGUAAAGCUGAAGGAUUCCCACCUCCCACUGUUCAAUGGAUGUUUGCUGAUGUAAUAUUAAAUGACACUAACGAAGGAAUUCUGAAUCUGACUGAUGUACAGACAAGUCAAAGUGGAGACUAUACCUGUGUGGUGGUGAAUGCACAAACAAAUGCAGAACAAAAUAAGAGCGUGACAGUAAAAGUUUAUGAAAAACCAAAGGGCAGUCCAGUGUGCUCGGUGAGGUCUUUGUCUGGUGUAGAUCUGCAGUAUGAGUGUGCGUGGGCUGGAGGAACCCCAGAGGCUGUAGUGUCUUUCCCUGGACUGAACAGCGGCAGUGCCCCAGGACUCCUCAGUCUGAACAUGAACGCCACAGAGAGUCUCAAUGGAACCCUGAUCUCUUGUACGGCAUCCCACCCAGUGCAAGAGGGUGUGUGCAACAUCACUGCAACCCCCCCGGUGCCCUUCUUACCCUCUCUGAAAUUUGGAGUGAACUCGGACGGUAAGAUCAGGGUCACCAUCAGCUGUCUGAGCGCUGCGAUGCCGGUUUCCGUGGUGUCCUGGCUCAGAGGCACAGAGGCAGUGAGGAAUGGGUCAUUGCACAGCAUCGGCCCCGCACAGCUCACCAUCCAGGACUACAACAUCGACACCUUCCUCCUUCAGAACUACACCUGCUCCUGCCGCAACCCUCUGGGGGUACAGCGACGCCAAAUACAGCUACUGGCACCCGCCAUCUCCAAUUCCAGGCUGCUCACCAACCAGGAGGGCACGGUCGCCACUCUGACCUGGGAAGUCCCGCCCACUUCUGUUGUUACAGGGUUCGACAUUCAAAUGCAGGGGCCAGAUCUCAUACAUUCAAACGAUAAUGUCUCCAGGGGCACUGGUCGCUCAAAUUCAUUCCGCACCAUUCAGCAGAAGAAUGGCUCUGCUCGGUCAGCGGACGUCCUCACCCUAGACCCUGAGGAGAGGUACAAGUUUAGAAUCAUCCCCAAAGCUCGCUUCACAGCAGGAGAACCAUCCAACGAACUGCGAAUCGGACCAGGUGAAGGGUUGAGUGGGUCGGCCAUCGCUGGGAUUGCAGCUGGGAUUCCAGCGGGCUUCUUUCUGCUGCUGAUACUGAUUGGGAUCAUCUGUUACCUGAUCUACAGAAACAAUGACCGUGAGCAGGCCAGGUAUCCAGUAUCAACAGACAAGGGUGUGAAGACCAAAGCAGAACUGGCCUCUAAUAACAUCCGAAUGGCUGGAGGUCUAAAUCAUUAUAAUCCAGAUUACAACCGUUUACAAGAGGCCUCUUCUGAGCGCUCCAUGGAUCUGCCUGCGUUUGUGCCACCUCCUCCAGUCAGAGUUGCUACCACUGUAUAAAGCAAUAUUGUAUGUCUUAUUCUAAGUUA